AUACCCAACGGACCCGAGUGUCACAGUCGGGCAGAACGAAUAAUCGACAUACUCUUCCUUUGGUCACAUCGCUGUCCACAGACUCUGCCCACACGUUUAGCUUCCAUGCAAUUGGUCGUUGUUCAACAGGAUCGCGUUCACCAUUCUUCUUGUUCGCCUGCAUGGGAUCCUGACCAGCAACGCAUCAUCGCGGAGGCGAUCAAAGAAGCUAUGGACACAUCACAAUUGAUGAAGCCUCGCUCACGGUCGCGGCCUCGACCGACAAUUGAUUCCCCUCAGGACAUUCCCACGCCUGAAGCCCAUUUACCACUCCGCAAAGCAUCUGCUCAACGGCUGCAGACACGAAAAGGCGGCGUUCCACGACCUCUAUUCGCACCAUCUGGUAUUCGACCAAGCCCGGUACAGCCUCUGCCCUACAUAGACAAUGUCACAGCAAGCUCAGAGCAUGCGUUUGCCGGACGAGAUGUCCGCCGUCCUUUCAAGCCGCCAUUAGGAGGGUUCCAGGAACAGCAGUAUGCUGCCCAUAAUUCCUAUGCUGCUCAGCGGAGUCCGAGCUUGCAAGAAGUCGAAAGCAGACCACCUUCAUCACCGCUUUUACCUAAUCCGCCAUCUCCUCAUCUGCUGAAUGGAAAGAGUCUGAGAAAUUCAAAAUCAUUGGGAGAGGGUUUGAGAGGAAUACGAGCGCACAUGCCUUAUGGUACGAGUCUGGUAGAUUCCAAUAAAUACGACGUAUCGCAACCGCUACCUACGCCGCCAGGCUUCCACGGCGAUGGUCCCCCAGCCUGACCGGGAAUAGCUCUCACAGCGACUUCGUCAAAAUCCAGCAGGAGGAUUGGCAGGAUGCGACGGAUAUCGAAAUGAGCGUUGAAGAUGCCAUUGGGAUGUACGAGGAUGGGUUCGACAGCGCGAUCAAACAGAGCUUUGACAUACAAUCUGUCCGCUCCGCCACUCGCGCGAGGAACAGUCUAGACGUGAGGUCGAUAAGUUCUGAUCGACCUAGUUCACAGCCACACUCGCAGCAGCACACUCAGCGGGCGCCAGUCAGUCAUCGUCGGAGUCAGAGUGCUAGCAUGCUCUUGGGCAUUGCUAAGCAGAAUCGUCCCGGAGCGAGUUCACCGUCCAGCCUUGCGCCUCCGGAUCGUUUUAUGACAAGCUCUCGUGCCU